AUGACAACAAUUUAUUUGUCGCUCUUCUUGACUCACUCAUCACUCUCACCCCUCCCUAGCCGCUCACUCCGGCAAGGAGAGCCCUCUCAGCCGCUUACCCCGGCGACUCACUUCUCACUCUGCGUCUCUCUCCGUCUCUCGUUUCAGCUGCUCAAUCCGUCUCUCGUCUAUCUCGUCUCAGGUUGCGAAAGCAAGGUCCACGCAAAUUCCCACUUCGGUUCCUCCUCACCUCCUUCCCCUUCCGAGCUCAUCAAAUCGCACAGCGUCACUCAGUGCGCGACUCUCGUUUCAGCUGCUCGCUCCGUCUCUCGUCUCUCUUGUCUCAGAGUACUGUUAUCUUUUGGCUCUUUACUUUGGGGUUGA